AAGACUUUUGUGUUGAGAGUUAGUGCGACUUUUGUAAUUAUUUCAUUCUAGCCCAUAUAAUUGAGCCAGAGCUGACUGACUGAAGAGGCUCACAGCAACACUUGUUUCAGAGAUUUUCACUUCCUUCAGCCAACAUGUCUGAUAAACCGAAGGUGUACCAGGGUGUCCGAGUGAAGGCCACCGUGAGAGAACUGCUGCAGAAGCAGAGAGCCCGACAGGCUGCUGUUAAAAGCACAACGAUAUCCCAGAACUUCACGGUCCAGGAUGACUGUGCCACACCUAUUCCUGCCCAUCAUUUUGACGUGUGUUCGGGAAACUCUAUUCCGGAUGCCAGUUACCAGACGUCCCCUUACAUCGACAACUUUUGCGACAUUCCUAUGGAGACUUCAACAUUUGACAAUCAGUAUCCUAACGUCAUGUUUCCGCAAGACAGUUUCAACAGCAUUCUGCCUGCAGACUCUUCCGUGCAGCACUGGGCUCAUGGACAUUUUCUGUCGACUUCUGACUAUCACAUCAAUGGAAUGGUUCCAAGCGCAAUUCCCGACUCACUGUCGCUCAAUCUUCCCAGCCCAGAUUACAACAGUUUCUCACCCCCCGAUUCCUACUCCUCCUCUUCCUCGUGCUACAGCUCUCCUUCUCGGAUGGACUCGAAUUAUGGUUUCGUUGCAGAGAAUUACCAUUACCAACACUGCAGCCUGCAGCGCUGCUAUUGCCUGUCUCAUUGGUCGGGUCCCCAAGACAGCCCGAUGAACCCGGAGUACGCCUCGGACUGCUUGUACACAGCAAUGGACCAGAGCUACUUCAGAAGGGAUGUGCGCAGCUCAGAAAUGUGCUACCUUUAAAAUGAAAUCUCCAGAGCAAGAGCAAGUUGGUUUUAUGCAACUAGCUCGCUACAACUUACUGUCUGUUACCAGCAUCACGUGUGUCUUUACAUCGGCUUUUUCAGUCUUUGAGGCCCUAAUGUUCCAAACCACUUCCACGCUUUUAACCUGUCACUAAACUGAACCAGCGAAUGGACGUGCGAUUGAAGCGCAUGUGUGUUGUGUUGUUUUGGUGCUUGGUGCUGAGCAGUGACGGGAAAAAAAUCAUUUUCCAUGCUUCCAGUUACGAACAAAUUACAGUUACGUAAACAAUAAAGAUGUAUAUAUUUCUUAA